CUUUAGACGACACCAUAUAAGUAAAGCAUGCCUCUACACAACGGGAAAUUGAAAUGCGACAGAGCGGAGAUGAUUGCUUUGUUUAUAUGUGCAAUAGAUUACCUACUUCAACAUGCGGAUGAGUCAAAGAUCAAAUACCUAUCUAGCGUGCUGGCCGACAUGUCCAGGAAAGUUCGUGAUACACAAGACCAAAAUGACAGGGAUGCUCUCAGAAAAUAUUGUAAAGACACAAUCAGACAACUUUGCUCGAUAUUUGAUCAUGCAAAUACGGGGUAUUUGGAGAAACAAAUUAACUGCAUCGAAGGACUGACCCCAAUAUCCCAACAACAGGAAGAGGUAUUAAAACAGAGAGUAGAAUCCUGGCGCCAAAUCCUGCUAUGCACAGCGGAGUCAAAUCUUGAAAGGGAUAUCCACGCAAGGCUGGUACAGAUCCGUUCCAUUCGUGGAUAUUUUUCGAGUGCUCUCUGUGGGCGUCGCAAUGAAACAAGAUGUGUAACAGACAUUCCACAGACAUUUCAUAACACAUAUUAGAAAACUACUGUGGCACGGAUAGUUUAUUUAAUAAGUAUUCAUAACGGAUUUAAACAUAAGACAGAGGGGGUAAUCACGUUAUUAUAAAGAUGGCGACGUCCAUGUCAAGGCAGUUAUUUUUCGCCGUUUUAUACCCUUUAUUAUUAUGUUUUUAAAUGACGCUCACGUUCCAGUCAUAUCAGUAAAUAUGUAGAUAUGGCUGAAACGUGAGCGUCAUUUAAAAACAAUAAUAAAGGGUAUAAAACGGCGAAAAAUACCUGCCUCGGCAUGGACGUCGCCAUCUUGAUAAUAACGUGAUUACCCCCUCUGUCUUAUUUAAAUCUGAAUUGAUACGGCUAUCCGUGCCACAGUAGUUUUCUUAUAUGUGUUGUGUGCAAUUGUUAAGCGCAAUUUACUUGGAAUGGUUGCGACGUGACAAUAUGAGGAUACAUACCACAUAGUUGGGACAACAUGUUCAUAUAUGCAUUCACAUAUGUAUUGCUGUAUGUAUUUUUUACGUUUACAUAUUGUAUAUAGUUUUUUUUAGUUUAAUCAUAUUACAUGGUCGUUUGUUGGAUUAUAAUUUCAAUGACAUUCACAUUAAAUACAUGUAUAUAGUUUGCGGCAUUUAAAGUUAAAUGUUCUAAUUCAUGCCAAUUCACAGUGAACAUAUUACGUAUUUAAUUAACUAUAUACUAUGUUGUUUGUAAGUUUACAUGUAUGAAAUGUAUGAGUCUUUUAAUGUACUGUGUGUGAUUCGAUUUCUUAAAGAUGCAUAAUUAAAACAUAGCAUUUAUA